GCCAAUCCUAAUCUAAAUGAAAUCAAUGAAGAAAAUGAAGAUUUCGAAUAUAUGUCGAAUAAUAAGCAUAUUAAACAUUAUCCAUAUAGACAUGACCAUAAUGAUGAGACAAGCGAUAUGGAUACAGAAGGAACACAAGGAGAAUUGGAAAUGGAGACGAAGGAGAAAGAAAUUAAACAACAAUAUAAUCAAUUCGAUGUUAGUUCUGGUGACAGUACUAGUUUAAGUUAUUCUGAAGGAAAGAAUGUCUUAGAUUUAAGACAAUCUAAUACAAUGCCAUAUUCACUUCCAUUACCAGUUCUUGUACCGAUACCUAUUAUUACUCCUUAUAUGACUAGAACAUAUCCAAAUGUAACAAUGAAUUCGUCUAAAUGUUGUUCAACUAUUGAAAAUCAUUCUAGUGAAGCAGAUUCAUUGUCUUCCAAUCAAUUAGUGCUUGGUGUAAAACUACCAUUUUCUGCACUGGAUUCACAAAUUCGUGCCAAACCACCCCCGUUUGUACGUAUUCCUCCACCACUUUCAACAAAUCAUUAUCAUCGUCAUCAUCAACAUCACUCGCUUCAACAUCAUCACCAACAACAAUCAUUACCAUCAGCACUAGUUCAACAAAAAGAAAUCAAUAUUAAGGAAGAUAGUAGUUGUUCUUCACCAUCUUUAUUAUCCAUCCAAGAACCUGUGAUAAUUGCAAAUAAAUCUUCUAACUAUAAAUCCACAAAUAAUACAGUUAAUAGUAAGAAGUCAUCAAAUGACUCUUAUUUAUCAAAAUCAUCAAAUGAUCCACAGUACAUUAAUUUACAAAAUAUAUCUAGAAGUUUCAACAACAACAACAACUUGUAUAUUACUACAGAUACUACUAUUAAUACUACUACUAAUACUACCAAUCAGGUGAGAAAUAAUAGUAAUGAUAAUAUUUACCCUAGUACAUAUGAUAAAGGUUCAUCAUCAAAUAAAUUAGUAGUUUUACCAUCACGACAAACUAUAGAAUCAAAAUUAAACACAGUACCUUCUAAUGAAUCAAUGAAAAAAUCGAUUGGCACAAUGAUAACAUCAUAUUCUACAAUAACUUCAAGAAACCCUUCAACAGAAUGUGUUAUAGUAAAUGAAAUUGCAAGUAAAAAUUUGAAACCAAGAGUUGCUUUUAUUGAACCAGUUAAUAAACAGACUAGUACUACCAGUACUACUAAUACUACUACUAAUGGUGAUAAUAAUGUAAUUAAUAAAUUCGAAAUAGCUAACACUCAAAAUAACCAAUCCACUAACGAAUCUAACAAUAAAAUAAAAUUAACAAAUAAUGAGAAGAAACCUGUAGAUAAACUGAAGUUAAGUUUAUCUGACAGAUUUCCUGGUUGGGGUGUCAUAACAGACGAUGACGAUGAUGAUGAUGAUGAUGAGGAUGCAAAUUUAAAUGCAGAUGAGAACAAUGUUCAGUGGGAGGAGAUAAUAACAAAUUUAGAAAAUAUAAAACAAUCACCAUUGAAAAGGGAUGCUAAAUAUGAUCGAAUAGAAAACAAGAACUAUGACAUUCAUGAAAACACUUCAAAUAAACAUGAAGAAACAAUGAAUACAAAUUGUAAUAUCAACAAUGAUAAGAUAACAAUGAAAUUUCCAUCAAUAAAUGAACAAUAUUCUAAUUCUAAUUUGUCACAAUCAUCAAAUAUAAUAAAUGAUGAAGAAACUAUUUUUCAAGUAAAUCAACAACAACAAUAUUGGCAACCAUUUCCAAGACAAAUCUCUAUUGAAAAACGUCGUCAUUCAUCAAUUCUAACUAAUCCACGUAAAUCACUUGCAAUGAUCUUUUCACAAAUUAGUAAUAAUUUAGGAUUUACACAAGAAACAUCAAUUAAUUAUUCUAAUGAACAUUAUUCAUCUAAUUUUCAUUUAAAUACAAGAAGAAUAUCAUCAUCUGGGAAACGAUUAAAACAGAUGAUUUCUAAACAUAAUACUAAUACUAAUGAUAAUAGUAAUACUAAUUAUGAUAAUGCUCUUUUUAAUUCUGAUGCAGAUAGUCAUAAAAAGUCAUCUCGAUCAAGUUUUAUACAACAACAUAAUGACUUAAAUCUUGAUAAUAAUAAUAAUACAAUCGGUAUACGAAGUAGUGUUUCAAGUCAACGUUUAAUGGAACGUAGUAUUUUUAAUACAAUAAUUGGCGGUAAUCCAAAUCAACAUAGAACUAGUGGUUCAAUUGGUACAUUAUCAAAUGUUCAUUAUAAUAAAUCUAAUAAUCCAAAUACUAUUUUAACUAGUAAUAAUAAUACUAGUAAUACAAUGUCACCAACAACCACUACAGUGGAUCGAUCUAUUCUAGUUGAUCUUUUAUGUUGUACAUGUUGUACAAAUUCAGAUGAUGAAGAUGAAGCUUAUUCAAAUCUUAUUGAAAAUCAUCGUUUAGCUCGUAUUGUUACAAUGGGUGCUAUAUUGACUAUAUUAGGUUUAAUAUUUGCUUAUAUAAUACGUUCUGCAACUGAAACUCAAACUGUACCUAAUGCAUCUAGUACAACAGGAUCACCGCCAUCAUCUCCAACAACAACAUUAACAGUGGCUACAACAGUUACCAAUGUAACUGAUAUUGAAACAUAUUCUUCUUUUUCUACCACUACUAAUACUACAUUAAAUUUAAUAAUGAAUUCAACUUUAAAUCCUCAAUUCAUAAAACAAAUGGGAAAUGUUUCAAGUUUCCUUAAUUUAACUCAUAAUGAUGAAUCAAAUUCAGUUGGAAUUUUGAAUGAUUCGUAUAUGUAUAGUCAUGUGAAUAGUAAACUGAUAAGCAUUAAUGAUAAUAAUAACAGUGAAUCACAUAAUGCAUCAUCAUCCUCAUAUUAAUUCACUUUUGUAUUCCUCAACUUCUACAUCUCACUCCUUCUCUUCAUAAUCAUCAUUAAAUCAUUUCCUCUUCAAUAACUGACUUUAAUCAAAAUACUAGUAUUAUCAUAUCUGUAUACAACAAUUCAUUAUAUAAAUUGCUAUAAAUCACAUGUACACAAAUGAUUAUUUGUCUAGUCCUUUUUGAAUAACACUACUUAUAUCAGUAAUAGUAAUAAGAAUAUAUAUAAAUAAAUAAUAAGAUUCACAUUAUUGCAUAAUCAUGUAAUUAUCAUAAAAAAUGUUGAACAUUCCAACAAUUAUUACCUUGUGUAAAUCAGAUACAUAUUUCACAUCUUUUAUUCUGUUUUAUUAUUAGAAGUUAUUGACUAAAUUAUCA